ACUACUUCUUGUUUCCCACGCGGUGUCGCCGCCCUUGCCCGCUGCUGCUUGUUCGAAGAGCUGCUGCACCGUCUUUCUUUGGUUUGUAUAUAUAGAGAGAGUUGUAUACCCAUAACCCAGCAGACAGUCUCUUCAUUAUCAUCUUUCCAAACUUAAUUCUUCAUAUUCGCUGAUCUCGUUGUGUCUUCUUCCAUUGAAAAACAUGAGUCACUCACACCAGGCUCCAGAAGUGUAUCCUCCACCACCAUCCACAGCAUACCCAUCAUCAGGACCAUAUGUGGCUCCACCCCCAGCUGGCUAUCCCAUGAAAGAUGCUCCCAACCCCCAAAAUCCUCCUCCAGUUGAAACCAAGUCCAGGGGUGAGGGCUUCUGGAAAGGAUGUUGUGCUGCCUUGUGUUGCUGCUGUGUCUUGGAUGCUUGCUUCUGAGGAUAUUGAGAGAGAGUGCUUCUAUACAUAGGCUAUACAUGUAUUUGUGUUCAUCAUUCUUCCCUUUUGAUCAUUUUUGGAUUAUUAUCAUAGGGUGAGCAAGGGAUUAUUUGAUUGAUUGCUCACUCUUGUAUUUUCUGUAUUUGAUGUUGGUGUUAUUAUUGUUAUUUGUUUAGUA